GCUCCCCUUCCCCGCGCCCGCCAUGCGCCCGCUCUUCGCGGUGGGCCUGGUGUUCGCCGGCUGCUGCAGUAACGUGAUCUUCCUGGAGCUCCUGGUCAGGAGGCAUCCAGGAUGCGGGAACAUUGUGACAUUUGCACAAUUUUUAUUUAUUGCUGUGGAAGGCUUCCUCUUUGAAGCCAAUUUGGGGAGGAAGCAGCCAGCUAUCCCAAUAAGAUACUAUGCCGUCAUGGUGACCAUGUUCUUCACGGUCAGCGUGGUGAACAACUAUGCCCUGAACCUCAACAUCGCCAUGCCCCUGCACAUGAUAUUUAGAUCCGGUUCUCUAAUUGCCAACAUGAUUCUAGGGAUUAUCAUUUUGAAGAAAAGAUACAGUAUAUUCAAAUAUGCUUCCAUUGCCCUGGUUUCUGUGGGGAUAUUUAUUUGCACUUCCAUGUCAGCAAAGCAGGUGACUUCCCAGUCCAGCUUGAGUGAGAAUGAAGGAUUCCAGGCAUUUACAUGGUGGUUACUAGGGAUUGGGGCACUGACGUUCGCACUCCUGAUGUCCGCGAGGAUGGGCAUCUUCCAAGAGACUCUAUACAAACAGUUUGGGAAACAUUCCAAGGAGGCUUUGUUUUAUAAUCAUGCCCUUCCACUGCCUGGAUUCAUCUUCUUGGCUUCUGACAUUUAUGACCAUGCAGCUCUUUUCAAUAAGUCUGAAUUAUAUCAAGUUCCGGUUGUUGGUGUGGCAAUGCCCAUCAUGUGGUUCUACCUCCUCAUGAAUGUCAUCACUCAAGAAGGGGUGGAAGGACUGGGGACCAGAUCAAGUAGAGAACCCUUUCACUGUGUGGCACUGGCUGGGCACCUUGUGUGUCUUCAUUGGGACGCUCAUGUACACAGAGGUGUGGAACAACCUGGGGAUCACAAGAAGCCAGCCUCAGAAGGACAAGAAGAACUGAGGCCUGCCUGGGAGACCAGGGUCUGGCUCAGGUCUGGCUGCCAUUUCUCUCUGUUAAUGAGAAUUACCCCUGCGCUGAACCACCACGUACCAGAGAAUCUAUCUACUAUUGAACAACCAUUUGUUUACCAAAAUACACAGUACUGUACUUGUUUAUUGAGUCCCAGAGCUACUCGUUUUAUAUCCAUGGUCUUGCACAAGACUAUCCGUUUUGUUGUUGUUCUGAUGAUUCUCUGCCAUACAACCAUUGUCUCGUGUCCUCAUGCUUUGGUCUGUCACGUUCCACUUUUCAGUCAGCCAGACGCUCCUGGCAUCAUCGUCAGGAACAACUGAGUGACCAAGUGAAGUGAGACACUGGUGACACUGGGCUGGACUUCCUCCAGCUUGUUGGGAACGAGGCAGUGGUCUCUGUGAGCUGAGUCCUGGAGCAGGACUGGUGGGAACCCUUUGCAAGUGUGCAGGUUAAGUCUUUGAAAGGCUUCUUAAGCAAGAAGGUUGAACUCUGCCUGGCGAUUCUGAUAGAAUCAUAGGCUGGGAGUAAAGUAUGGUGUAUAAAUUCAGGUCAAAUUGCAACUAAAAUGGAAAGUUUUUCUUAUUUUUCUA